GUCAUCCCUGUCCAAGGUAUAAGUAUAAUCACCAUGUGCUUGGCAAACAAUCACCCAUUGAGUCCUGAGCCUUCAAAGAUACAAAUAGAAAGGGAAAUUGUAGUCUCCCCAUCUUCCUCAAUUUUUGAGAUAAAAAUAGAUGGUGAAACAUACACUAUGAAGCUUUAUCACGAUAAUGGGGACCCUGGAUGGACAGACAAGGGCCGAGACUUAAAUCGAUAUCGCUGUGAGCUAAAAGCUUACAAGAAUCUACUUAAACAUGGCGUGUGUGACAGCGGCUUUGUUCCAUAUUUUUAUGGUCAUAUUGAUUGGCUCGACCCAGCUGCAUUUCAGCCAUUUCUGCAGGAUUUCAUUCAUGAUAAAUUGCACCCUAGAGCAAUUAUCCUUGAGUAUCUUCCAGCCGCUGAAAGCCUGAACUGUGUUAAUUAUUCGGAGACCCUCUAUAACAUGGUUAUUGAAGGUAUGAAGCAGAUACAUAAUGCUCAUGUUCACCACAGGGAUAUCUACCCCAAGAACAUUCUUCUAGUACCGGGAGAAAGUGAAAAGAGACUAGUAUGGAUUGACUUUGAUAUUGCAAUGACAUUCAAUGACGUUGGACCUGAGGAAGAAAAGUACAGUCAAUAUGAAGAUGAACUUGUCGCCAGCUUUGGCGAAGCCUUGCAGGAGGACCAAAGACAAGGUCUUCCUCCCAAUACAAAAUUCUAUUAAUU